CAAUUUCAGUAUAAGUGGAUUUCAUUCGUCUCUGCUCUCCUAUCUCUACCAACACUGCUUCAUUAGACGUUUUGUCCUCCCUCAACCUCAAAAAAGUCAUUUCGUCUGAUCUUCUUCUUUGUUUUCACCAAUGGCUACGGCAGGCGAAGUCAUCACUUGCAAAGCUGCGGUGGCUUAUGAACCGAACAAGCCGCUUGUCAUUGAGGAUGUCCAGGUGGCUCCGCCGCAAGCCGGUGAGGUUCGGGUCAAGAUUCUCUUCACUGCUCUCUGCCACACUGAUGCCUACACUUGGAGCGGAAAGGAUCCUGAGGGUCUAUUCCCAUGCAUUCUUGGUCAUGAGGCUGCUGGGAUAGUAGAAAGUGUUGGUGAAGGUGUAACUGAAGUUCAACCAGGUGAUCAUGUCAUCCCUUGUUACCAGGCAGAAUGCAAAGAAUGCAAGUUCUGCAAAUCAGGGAAGACAAACUUAUGCGGCAAAGUUAGGAUGGCCACUGGAGCUGGAAUCAUGAUGAAUGAUCGCAAGAGCCGAUUCUCAAUAAAUGGAAAACCAAUCUACCAUUUCAUGGGUACCUCAACAUUUAGCCAGUACACUGUUGUACAUGAUGUUAGUGUUGCAAAGGUUGACCCGCAAGCUCCUUUGGACAAAGUAUGCCUUCUUGGAUGUGGUGUCCCGACCGGGCUUGGAGCAGUGUGGAACACAGCCAAAGUUGAACCAGGGGCUAUUGUUGCUAUUUUUGGCCUUGGGACUGUUGGUCUUGCGGUUGCAGAGGGUGCAAAAUCAGCUGGUGCCUCGAGAAUAAUUGGCGUCGAUUAGGGCGUCGAUAUUGACAACAAAAAGUUUGAUAUAGCAAAGAAUUUUGGAGUUACAGAGUUUGUGAAUCCAAAGGACUAUGAUAAACCGAUUCAGCAGGUCCUUGUUGAUCUCACGGAUGGUGGUGUUGAUUACAGUUUUGAGUGUAUUGGAAAUGUCUCUGUCAUGAGGGCUGCUUUGGAAUGCUGUCACAAGGGGUGGGGAACAUCAGUCAUCAUCGGUGUUGCAGCAUCAGGUCAGGAGAUAUCUACUCGACCUUUUCAACUGGUUACUGGUCGUGUUUGGAAAGGGACUGCUUUCGGUGGCUUCAAGAGCCGCUCCCAAGUGCCCUGGCUUGUGGACAAGUACAUGAAGAAGGAAAUCAAAAUCGAUGAGUACAUUACCCACAACUUGACCCUCGGAGAGAUUAACAAGGCAUUUGAUCUGAUGCAUGAAGGGGGUUGCCUCCGAUGUGUGCUGAAGAUGCACGAAUGAGGCUGUAUGUGUGAAUCGAAGGGGUGACCUGUGAAGAACUCCAUGCCCAUCCUUCAUCAGGAAAGGCAUGUACUCUGUUGCCAUUUACUUACAAAUAGAAACUAUAAUGUGUUGGAACAAACUGCUUCUAAUUCUACCUUUUGGAAAUGUCUGCUUUGUGAUGCUAAAAGAGAAACUACGACUAAGGAGGUUUAUGCAUGAAUAAAACAUUGAUCUUCUGGAAA